AUGGGAUUCGUCAAUCCUAUCAGUCUGAAGGGACCUGCUGAGAUAACCCAUGGGUGGAUGCUCAUAGGCCUUGCCCUAAACAUCCUUUUAAUGGGGGUUAUGAUCGCCCAAGUAUACAUGUACUAUACACAGUAUCGGGACGACACCUGGUGGCUAAAGGCAAUGGUGGCCGCGGUAUUCCUGCUCGACAUUAUUAAUACGGCAUUCCUUUUCGCCUACAUAUACCGGUCUCUCAUCACAUUUUUCGGAGACGUGCAAUUCCUCGCCCAAGUUGACUGGAUGCUUGCUACUGGCGCAUGGACAACAGGCGUGAUCGCAGCCAUCGUCCAACUCUUCUUCGCCUGGCGUAUCUUCGUGCUCACAAGGAAUUGGGCGUACGUGAUCGUUAUCGGAAGCCUGGCGCUUGCUGGAUGCGCCGCCUCCAUCGUUGUCCCUGUGAAGACUGGGCUUUCUUUCCCAGUCAGCCGAAUUCAUGAAGUCAAACCGGUCGUAACGGUUUGGCUUGCUUCAGAUGUGGCCGCUGACAUUAUCAUCACGACCGUGCUUGUGUGGUACCUGGUAAGCCAAAUUCCGCACAAACACAAAAGCGGCUUCAAACGUUCAGACAUGGUGGUCGACCAAAUCAUACGAUUCACUAUACAGACUGGUCUUUUAACGGUGGUUUUUGCAUCCAUAGAUCUUUUCUUCUUCCUUUUCGAUCCCACGGGAACACACUUCCUAUUCAAUUUCACACUCUCUAAGCUCUACUCCAACUCGCUAAUGAGCAGCUUGAACUCACGCCGUGGCUGGAAAUUCGGCGGCGCCUCUUCUGGUGUUGUGUCAGAUAGCGAUGGCCCGAUAACGACGAGUUGGGUCCAACGGCAUCUCCCCCCGACUGUCCAGAAGACGGACGUCGGGGCAACCACAGAUUCGCAAGAAUUACGCGAAGUACACGUCCACACGGCCCAGCAAUUCGAUGAGGGUUCAAGAACUCUUCACACCCAAUCGUCGGGACGUAGAUCAAUGGAUACAGAAAACUGGACGACGGAUACAAAUCGCUGGUCUCGAUAA